AUGGCGGCACCAAGUAGCACACGUCUUCCUGUGGGAAACAAGGAUUUUACGCAUGCGACAGUUGUCAUAAUUGGCGCUGGCGUAUCGGGACUAUGCAUGGCGAUUGAUUUAAUCAAGCGCAACAAAACGCACAACUUCGUUAUUCUCGAGCAAAGCAGCAGCGUUGGCGGAACAUGGAAUGACAACAAAUAUCCUGGCUGCUGUUGCGACGUCUGGAGCUCCCUUUACAGUUAUUCUUUCGAACAGAACCCUAAUUGGUCCAGGCAGUACCCCGGACAGGAAGAGAUCCACGCGUACCUCGUUGGCGUUGCAGAGAAAUAUGGACUGUACAAACACAUUCGAUUCAACUCCAAAGUGGAAGAGACACGUUGGGAUGACGCCGAUUUGAAGUGGAAGACAAGCGUCGUGCGAUCAGGGCAGAAAGACAGUGAAUUCGGGAAUUCCUACGUUCUCGAGUCCGACUUCCUUGUCUCCGCAGUCGGGCAGCUCAAUCUACCCCGAUAUCCUGAAAUUCCAGGCCUGGAUGAUUUCCAGGGGAAGAUAAUGCACUCCGCUCGAUGGGAUUGGAGUUACGAUUUCACAGGAAAGCGGGUCGCAAUCAUUGGAAACGGGGCAACUGCCGCUCAGAUCGCCCCCGAGGUUGCGCAGGUUGCAUCCCAUCUCACUAUCUAUCAGCGAACACCAAAUUGGGUUAUUCCCCGCCUCGAUCAACCAGUGUCUGCUCUUGAAAAGGCCCUUCUCAAAUGGAUUCCACCGCUGCUCUGGCGCAAGCGUGCUCUCCAGAUGGAUUUCCGAGAAGGAUUCCAUUCAGCGGUUGCAGACAAAGACUCGGCAUUCGCUCAAGUCAUUCGGGAUUCCUGUGCCAUGUUGCUGAAAACCCAAUUGCCAAACCAACCUGAACUAUGGGAGACGCUGACGCCCAAGUAUGCACCGGGUUGUAAGCGAGUCAUCAUUACAGAUGAUUACUAUCCCACUCUUGCCCGUGAAAAUGUCAGCUUGGAGACUCGGCGCAUCACAGGUAUCACGGAAUCUGGCAUCGAGGUCGAUGAAGAGGACGAACAAGAGUACGACCUUAUCGUUCUGGCAACUGGAUUCAGAACCGUGGAGUUCAUGCAUCCAAUUCAAAUUUACGGCAAAAACGGCCGAUCCUUGGGAGAUAUCUGGAAAACCGGCGCGACGGCGUUCAAUGGCGUGACAGUCGAGGACUUGCCCAACUUCGGAAUGUUCUAUGGCCCCAACACUAAUCUCGGACACAAUUCCAUCAUCCUCAUGAUCGAAGCUCAGUCGCGAUACCUGAAUACACUAGUGGCGGAGGUGAUUCGAGCCCGCCAAGAGGGGAAGGCGUUGUCUCUCAGACCAGAGCCGAGCGUGUUGCAAAGCUUCAAUGAUAGGAUCCAGGCGUAUCUACGACAGACCAGCUUUGCGGAUCCAAAUUGCAACAGUUGGUACAAGCGAGACGACGGAGUCAUUACCAACAAUUGGUUUGGAACGGUUGUCGAUUAUCAACGUGAACUUUCGAAAGUACAGUGGCAGGACUAUAUCGCUGAAGGAAGCGGGAAAGACCGCGUGGUAGGCAAGGCUGCUACAAAAGUGAGCCAUGUCAAUGAGGAGACUUUGUUGAGCGAUAAGUCCUUGAUUGUUGGAGCUGUGGGCGUAUUGGCGGCUGCAGGAUAUCUUGUGGCUCGCUCGAAGCGGUUCAAGGCGCACUGA